UGUGCUGUGAAACUUGAUCUUUUCAGAUGUUUUAGUAACCAUGGUGAAGGAACUUGCGGAAAGCAAAUGAAAGGAGAGCAAAGAUCAAAGGAAUCUCUUAUUGUACCAAAUAAAAUUUUGAGAUUUAGUUCUCGACCACUUGUGUCUCAUGGCUGCUUUGAUCUGUGAUCUCCAGCACCAUCAUUUACACUUAAUAAUCUUUGUUGGGUUGACUGCGCCUGGAAGAGACCAUCAACAAACUCCUAGUCCAUGUGGGUUGAAGCCAGGACACUGAGGUGGACCAGGUGAAGCAGGAGCAGGAAGUUGAAGGAGGACACCAUCCUCACCAAGCAGGACAAAGCUGAUGGGAAGUGCCAUCAGCUGAGCUCGAGCCUCCAAAACCUUCUCCGUCUUCUGCCUCUUUUCUCAGAACCUCCAUCCCAAAGGCGAGUGGCGAAAGUAGCAGUCGGAGGAAAAAAACAACAAGGAAUGAAAGUGGAGAAAACGGUGGAAGCUCCUGAUCAGGAGGAUGUCGAGAUGGACGGGAAGCAUCUGUCGCUGCGCGUCGGUCGCAUCAUCUCAGCAGAGAAGCAUCCAGACGCCCGCAGUCUGGUCGUGGUGCAGGUGGACGUCGGAGAAGCUUCACCCACAACCGUGGUCAGCGGGCUGCUCAAGCUUUUCCCUCUGGACCAGGUGCUGAACCGCAUGGUCAUCCUGCUCUGCAACCUGAGGCCGGCCAAGGUGCGGGGAGUCCUGUCCCAGGCCAUGGUCAUGUGCGCCACCUCCCCAGAGAAGGUGGAGAUCCUGGAUCCUCCGGGUGGUGCGGAACCCGGGGACAGAGUGACUUUCCUGGGCUUCCUCGCCGAGCCGGAGAAGGAGCUCUUUGACAAAAAGAAAGAGCAGGUUCUGUGCGAUCUGUGCACGGACGGCCACUGCGUCGCCACUUACAGGGGAGCGGCGUUCAUCGUCGCGGGGAAGGGAGUGUGCCGAGCGCAGACCCUGAGCCACUGCGCGGUCAAAUAACUUUUUCCACUGAACUCAAAGCGUUCAUGUCGUAGAUCAAUAAAAAAAAAAGAUUCUGUUGAAUUGAAUGGUUCUGAUCCGUCACAAUGUCUGGGGUUUUCUUUUGUCGUAUCAUAACAUCAGUGUUAGCAUGAGGGGCAGCCAUCAUGGAAUCAAUCCUACGUGAGGUCGCUCCGACUUUCCGAGAAGUACGAACGUUCCACCGCGAGAAUUCGGACUUCCGACUACGAUACAAGUUGGAAAGUUUCACACAAACCGAUCGCGACGACGGAGGAGAUACUUCGUUAAUUCACUGAAUUUGAGACUGAAUUUAUAUAUAUAUAUAUAAAACCUCGGUUAGGUCUCAAACACGCGGCUCGCCGGCCAAAUGUGGCCCUUCAUACGAUUUCAUGCGGGAUUUUGUGUGAAUAAAUACGUGUUGUUUUUUUUUUUUUAUUGUGAAUAAUAUAUCGUUAUGUAUCAAAACAAUCGCCUUUAUUUUGAAAUGAUGUCAAACAUUGACACAAAUGUUGUCACAAAUGUGAUGAAGUUACCGGACGGCACAAAGACACAAAAUGGCGCCCAGCAUGCUA